AUGAGCCGUUGGAAGAGCUUCGCAAAAGAAGCAUUGGGUCCAGCAAAGGUUGUGGCAAAGUUCCUCUGCUUGCUCCAUUUGACCGACACCUACGUUUGUUCCCCCACCAUCGUGUAUGGUCCGAGUAUGCUACCUACGUUGAACCUGACCGGCGAUGUGAUAUUGACGGAGCGGAUAUCGACCCUGCUGGGUAUGGUGGGCCCAGGAGACGUUGUUUUAGUUCGUUCACCUGAAAACCCUAGAAGGACGAUAACGAAGCGCAUUUUGGGCAUGGAAGGUGAUAAGGUCACUUUCUUAGUGGACCCCAGAAACAGUGAUAAUUGUCACACUGUGGAGGUAUAUAUAUAG